AUGGAUGUAUUUAUUCCCGAAGAGUAUGUCAUGCGGAGAAGAAUAGAAAAAAGGAGAGCUGGAGUCGCAGGCAAAAUGCAGGAGGAAUCAAGGAACAGAAAUAUUGAAGAGAAAAAAGUUCAACCAUCAUCAUUUCGGCUAGAGAAUGACUUCUUGAUCGACAGCACUGCCCUAAGUGAAAAUCGAUGCAUUACACAAGCGGUCAGGAUGGCCGAGUGGUCUAAGGCGCCAGACUCAAGUUCUGGUCCUCGUGAGAGGGCGUGGGUUCAAAUCCCACUUCUGACAAUCAAGUAG